AUGCGCUUUAACGCGGCGCAGCUGCUGCUGAAUCGGACCCGCAGAAGAAGACGCCGACGGAGAAACAAGAGGAAGAAAAUGACAGGGCGCGCAAAAAGAAAACCCAAAUCCAGUCAGGACUCAGGUACAGGCAAUGGGGAGUUGAAGAAAGCCCGGACUGAUGAAUCCAAAGCCGUGCCAUUGUCAGAGGUGGAUUCAGAACAACGAGAUGAGAUGGUGCGACUGUACAAGCUCCAAAUGCCAGAAGAUCUGUACCACUUUUGGGACUUCUGCAAGGAGCUUUGUCCGGACAGCCCCCGUGGUGCACUGAAAGACACACUGGGUUUGCAGCUGGUUGGUCCCUUUGACAUCCUGGCAGGAGCCCACAAAAACUCCAAGAAUCCUCAGCCUAACUUCCACCUUCACUGGAGGUAUUUAUACGACCCGCCAGAGUUUCAGACCAUCCUUCUGGGAAGUGAAGAGACUCAGCAUCACAUCGGCUACUUCAGAGACACUCCAGACUCCCUCCCUGCGUUUGUUGGGGAAAAUGAAGCCAAGAAAAGCUGCACUAUCACACAAAUGGGGGACAACGUGUUUGCUGCUGUCCUCUCGUAUCUGUUGAAGAGGAGGAAAGAGAAAGGCAGCAAGAAAGCAGAGGCUUUGGAGAGCUUGGAGGCAAAGCUGAGAGACAGAGCAGAGGCUCUGGGCCUGUCUCUAGAGCAGAAGACCAAAGGAAUGAAGCAGAGGGACAAGAAGGUGGUCACCAAGACGUUCCAUGGUGCCGGCAUCGUUGUACCUGUAGAUAAGAAUGAUGUAGGAUACAGAGAACUACCAGAAACAGAUGCUGGUCUUAAGAAGAUCCUAAAGGCAAUAGCUGAAGCCCGGAAUGAUGAAGAACGCGUCAAAGCUUUCGGACCUCUCCAGGAGAUGAUCACAUUUGUUCAGUUUGCCAACGAUGAGUGUGACUACGGCAUGGGAUAUGAACUAGGAAUGGACCUCUUCUGUUACGGAUCCCAUUAUUUCCACAAGGUUAUCAGGCAACUUCUGCCCAUGGCCUACAGCCUCCUGAAAAGAAAUGUGUUUGGUGAGAUUCUGGAGGCCCACCUCUCCAGCCGCAGCCAUGACAACCUGGACCAACUCUCCGCACAUUAAAUGAGACUCCGAAGUACAUUUCAGCUCUAGCUCUUAUAAGCUUUUCCCACCAUGUAUUAUUGUCUUCUGUUGUUUGUCAUUGUUGAUGUUUCUUGGUGGUUUUGGUGCUGCUGUCAUUGAUUGGUACCAGUUCAAUGAUAAUCUUGUUUGUAAAAGGUAGAUGUCUAAUAAAGUAUUUUUAUAUAUUAA